AUGCCGGAACAGGAUCCGGCACCUCUUGGUUUUGGCCUGCCUGUGUUCGGGGACUUAUUUGGGCUGAUCCGGCAGUGUGGGCCGGCGCCGCCACGCCCCGCCCCCCCUGACAAGAGGUCCGCCGCGGACGAGGUUCGCUACAUCGUCCAGGGCGGGGGUGCGGCGGCGGCUAAAGACACACCGCCGCUGAUGCGACUCCAGCAGGGGUCGCUGCUGGCUCGGAACUCGGAGUCUCUGUUUCCUGUCGCUGUCUGUCUUUGUCCUCUCCGAGCCUCGACGUGCGCAGAGAGGAGGAACAUGGCCGCCGUGCAGCUGCUCCGUGUGUCGGUUCAUGAGCGGAUCAGCGCUGCCGCUGAAGACUUCCUGCUGCAGGUGGAUAAAGGAGGAGGAAAGGCUCGAGUCCCGGAGCUGAGAGCGAUGCUCACCGAGCGGCUCACGGCGGCGGGGGAGGAGAUCCUCACGGGGCUUGAGGAAACCGUGGCAGAGUACGAGGAGCGAGUGGAGCAGUCCGAGCGGGAGAUCUGCCGCCAGAGGAGGCUGCUCGAUGCCGUGAUGCAGCCCGUAGUCCGGCUUCACAGAGCAGUGUGUCCUGCAGACGUCCAGCAACUGAUGGUGAAUAAAGAAGAGGUUCCCCCUGAGCAGCAGCAGUGGAGCCCCCUUGUGGACCAGGAGGACCCAGAGCCCCCCCACAUUAAAGAGGAACAGGAGGAACCGUGGACCAAUCAGGAUGGACAGCAGCUUCAAGGACUGGAGGAGGCUGAUAUCAAGUUCACAUUGACUCCUGUCGCUGUGAAGAGUGAAGAAGAUGAAGAGAACCUUAAAUCGUCAAAGCUUCAUCCGAAUGAGACGAACGAGACCAGAGCGGACUGUGGAGCACCAGAACCAGCCAGGAACUUAGGUCCUGAUGGACAUUUACAACAAAGUACUGAGGACAAGACUGAAGACUCUUCUGAGACUGAAGAGAGUGAGGCUGAUUGGAUGGAGACCAGGGAACCUCAGACUGGUUUAAAUACAAGAAAUAACAAACAGCCUCUAAAUGAUAUGGGAUGUAAGACAGAAAAAAAAUCGUUUAGUUGCUCUGAGUGUGGUCAAAGAUUUAGCCAUAGGAGCAGUCUAUAUAAUCAUAUGAUGAUUCAUACAGGAGAGAAACCCUUUAGUUGCGCUGAGUGUGGUAAAACAUUUAGCAAGAGGGGCAAUCUAAAUACACACAUGAUGACUCAUACAGGAGAGAAACCGUUUAGUUGCUCUGAGUGUGGUGAAAGAUGUAGCCAUAGGGGCGAUCUAAAUUCACAUAUGAGGUUGCAUACAGGAGAGAAACCCUUUAGUUGCUCUGAGUGUGGUAAAAGAUUUACCCAUAAGUGCAGUCUAAAUGCACACAUGAGGAGUCAUACAGAAGAGAAACCGUAUGGUUGCUCUGAGUGUGGUGAAAGAUUUAGCAAUAGGGGCAAUCUAAAUAUACAUAUGAGGAGUCAUACAGGAGAGAAACCCUUUAGUUGCUCUGAGUGGUGAAAGAUUUAGCAAUAGGGGCAAUCUAAAUAGACAUAUGAGGUUGCAUACAGGAGAGAAACAGUUUAGUUGAUCUGAGUGUGGUAAAAGAUUUAAGAUUCAGUCAUAUUGUAUGAGACAUGUGAGGAAUCAUAAAGGAGAGAAGUGAUUCAGUUGCAACCUUUGCAACAAAAGAUUUAUUAGGAUUUAUCAGCAGAUAUUGAUGUUAUACAUAUUUAUAGUUCACUGUUUUAAAUAUACUAUUAAUAGAUUUUAUGUCCCUAGAAAAUAUAACUCAUUGAAUAACACAAAGGAUUUGUGUUAAUAUAUCUUGUUUCUACUGAUUUCCACAUCAUUUAUCUAUU